AGUUCUGACAUAUAGCACACUGCUUGACUCAUGAUAAGAUCAGUAACGUGCAUUAUUUUUCAUUUGAUUGUUAUUAAUAUUAAAAGAACAAAGUUGUUUCUGUUGAGGAGUAUGCUCAAAGGACCCCGGCCUGACUGUUUUCUGUGAGAUGGAAUUGUUCAGGACGACAAUACUUCUGCCAGUUCUGGUCCUCUCUCAAGCCUUUCUAAAUGAAGACCACUCUGUUCCGGGGAACUUCUCUGGGUCGAGAGAGACUGAUGAGCAGCAGACAUCCAAUCUAACCAUAUCUCACCCCCCCAGGCUAUCUCAGCACUGCUCUGGGGUUGUCGAGGUGCUCCAUCGAGGGCUGUGGAGGCCAGUGACCUUUGACCUUGGGUCUGCAGAGUGGGCCAAAGUGGUGGAGGACAUAUGCACCAACCUGAGCUGCGGGGCAGUGUACGAGCGCCGACAGAAUGGCACAGCUACAUUAAACUACUCCAGCUCAACGUGUCUGAGCCAGUGUGUCUACAGAGACCUACUGGUGGAGAACUGUACAGAGCUCUCAUACACAGACUGCUCUAACCUGACUGAGAUAACCUGUGGGCACCAGGCCGUGCGAUUGGUUGGAGGCUCACACCACUGUGAAGGACGGGUGGAGUUGUGGAGAGAGGAAAAAUGGGGAACGGUGUGUGACGAUAGUUGGGACCUGAGAGAUGGGGGCGUGGUCUGUGCCCAAUUGGGCUGUGGCUCUGCCCUGAAUGUGAGCGGGCAGGACGGGUCCUUUGAAGCGGGUGUUGGUCUGGUUCUCUUAGAUGAGGUGAACUGUGGGGGGAGCGAGAGGAACCUAUGGGAGUGUCCCUCCAUGGGGACAGUCAACGACUGUGGACACAAAGAGGACGCUGCAGUGGUUUGUUCAGGAAUUCCAUCUCAACCAGGCAACGAGACGGCAGAACAGAACACCCAGACUUCAACCACAGCAGACUCAGUUCUACUAGUCACCAGUGCAGAGAGCCGGUCCUCUCCUCCAGCAGCUGCUGUCUGGGGCUGCAUCGCAUUGUCUAUAGCCCUCCUCCUCACACUCCUCUCCAAUGCUUCACUCUUCCUGUCUUACAGGAGGAGAGCUGCACUUCUGGUUCACCAAAGACAAGAUGGCCGCCUGCUGUCCAUCCAGUCUCAACACACUGACCGAGGGGAGAGAGUCAACCUCCUCACAGUCACCACAGACACAGCUGAUUACACUCCACAGUACCUUUCCCAACAACCCACUCAGAAUGACACCGAUGCCUCAUGUGACUCUGACUAUGAAAACUAUGACUUCAAUGACCAACCCUCUGUUGCCAUGGCUACUGCACUUGUCAGGGUCCUUGACAAUGGAGUAGGCACAAGCAGAGAGCCAUGGGAAACCACGCAGACAGCAGAGACUUCUGACGCUCCUGAGAAAUAUAAUAUUGUUGCUGAGACAAUCAACGGCAUUGAGAGAAAAAACCCUGCCACCCAAAGUCUGCAUUCGCUGGUGUCAUCCAGCACGUCUUCUGGGGAAUGCUAUGAGAACAUUGAGACACUGGAGAAGGAGCUGCUGGACUCAGGUCCAGAUUUGAGAGAAACUGCCCUCACAGACUUGAUAUGUGGAAGAGAGCCAUCCUUGGGAUCGAGUAGUAGUACAACAUCAGGGGAAUCCUACUACAACGUGGGGAUGGCAGUGGAACAGCAUCUACAGUCAGAGAACACCUAUACACAUUCCCCUGUGCAAUCAACCAGUGCACACCAGGAUCAGCAACAGCCUGUGAACAGCAACUGCCACCUACUGAGCAGUCAAAAUCAAGAAGAUUCAAGCAGCUCAUCUUCCUCUGAGCUUUAUGAGAACAUAGAAGUCCAAGAUGAAGAGGGGAUUGGUGAUGCUACUGUGAAAGAAGACCCGGACCAGUCUCUUUCUGACAGUGACUACGAUGACAUAACAAAUUACUAGCAUUUCAUCAAACAUAGCAGUGAAGUGAGAACUAUAAAACAGAGUCAUUUACAUAUUAGCAGUUGUUAUUAUCCAGAAAGACAAACAGGAGCAAU